AUGAGUAUAGAUGGAUCGCUUAUUGAUAAGGAGUCCCCGCCACCCUACAUUACGUUUCGUAAAGGAGUAUCUAGCCAAGAGAUCGGUUUCUGCCAUGAAUUUAAGUCCUUCCAAGAAAAUAUGCUAUCCAUGCUGGAGACCUGGUUUACUAAGCAAGAUGACAAAUUUACCAAAUUGCUCAAUGAGUUUGCGAGUAUGAAGACAUCCAUUAAAUAUAUUAGCGAUAAAUACGACGAUCUUGAAAAAUGUACGCAUGAGGUUAAGAGCCGAGUAGAAAUAAUUGAAAAAAGCGUCCAAACAAAUGAACCACGUAUUGCUUACUUGGAGGCGAAACUUGACUACAUUGAACAGAGAGCGCGGAAUUGUAAUGCAGAAAUAAGUAAUCUUCCUGACAAACGUGGAGAGAACCUUAUGUCUAUCAUUGAAAAUAUCGCAAAUGUAAUAAAACAACCUGUAUCUGCACGUGAUAUCGUCUCCAUCCAUCGUGUCCCCCAGAGUAACCCAAACAGCUCACGGCCAAAGAACGUAAUAGUUAAAUUUGCCAGCCAAAUUACUAGAGACAACUUCAUCUCCGCAGUACGUUUGAACAAAGGUGUCACAUCUGAUCAGAUUAACAUACAAGGUUCUCCUCAAAAAGUUUAUGUAAAUGAACAUCUAACACUACAAUCUAAAAAGUUAUUUCGACAAGUUCGGGAUAUUGCCAAACAAAAUAGAUAUAGGUUCGUUUGGAUCAAGCACGGGGUUAUACUUGCUCGAGCUGAUGUUCCCACGCCUGCGAUUGCAAUUCGCUCAGAAAAGGACAUUUCGAAACUUAUACCAUACAUCGCUAAACAAUAA